UAGGUUCAAUCAAUCAAUGACCUUUAACUUCCCAUAAACAGACAUUUUGCUAGUAAAAAUAGGAGUUCUGCACAGAACAAUCUUUUGGGUGAAGUAAUUAAGAAAAAUGCAGCCAAAAAAACUCCACAAACUUUUAUUUUCUGCAUUCUUUAUUUACAUUAACAGUGAGAAAAGUUAAUGGGUUUCAGUAACUGAUACAAGCAUUUGUAUGAGGCAUGUUACUAUCACUCAUUUUUUCUUAAAUGAAAUUACACUUUUUGCUAGUCUUAAAUUAAAUGGAUCUACUGCUAUGUCCUCUUUCUUCACUAGAAAAUUCUCGUAUUUCUAACUGAUUUAUUUUUGUCAUGUGCCAGGACACGUGGAGAGCUGUUUAAAACCAUUCUUAACUAACGUCAAUAAACUGACUUUGACUUCAGCUUUAAAAACUCUGAGAUUUUUAUCUACACCCCCCUUAUUUGCUCUUUACUUGCAGAGCCUGCCUGAUGCUAUUUUUGUCUUUGCCAGAGUCGUACUUGAGUUUAUUCCAUGUCUUUUGCUUUGCUUUAGAUAAAAUCAUGCAUUAAAAAAAUUCCAUGGAUAGAACUUCAUGGAUAACUUGUAGCUGUACUUUUUUGCUGUUUUAAAGUACUCUCUCUUAAUCAUCGUCCAAUAUGACUGCUGUUAGGGAACAAGUGAGACUGUUCCUACUUGUUGCCAAUGUGCUGGUAGAUUCCUGCAUUCUUGAUUAUCUGCAUUCUUCUCGUUCACGCUAGAUGACUCCAAACCUGUAAGUUUGGAUAGGAAGGAAUCUUGCUUCCAAAUACAUGUGUAUGUUCUGACCGCAACCCAUAGGUUUGUAAGUUCUAGGAAGCAUAAUUAAUGUUGAAUUAUUUGCUGGAGAAAGACCAAGUGAACAAUAAAAUCGAGGACAACUAGUUAUAUCUAUUCAUGGUGGGGAGGGAACUUCAGAAAAUGUAAGCAAGCGUUUAUGGAUAAAUUAUAUGAUAAUGGACUAAAGAAUUUGUUAUACCACUUUAAGCUUGAGUUAACUCCACCAAAACUCUAGUUGAUGUUCCUGAUUUAAUGGAUACAAACUGGCCGAUGAUAAUUAGUGAGACACACUGUAUUGAACCAGACCAAGCUGAGGACUGGGAUCUUGUGUUGUCAUAGCUACACAAAAGUAGUCCCCUGCUUCUGACUUGUGUGGCUUCUCCUGACUUGCCAAUAAAGCAGCUUUGCUCUGUGUAAGGAAGGUAUAGACAGAUGUAUAUGUUCUCUGCACAGAUCAUCUGUGGACUGUUGCAUGGAUGAAGAAUAGAACUUGCCUUUCUAACACUGUAACAGCAUCUGACUUAAUGGAGUAACAAGAAGUAACUGUGAGCAAUUCUUCAGGGGAACCAGCCCUAAGGAGGAGUUGCUGUCACCCAAAACGCACAGCUACUUCCUAAACAGUAUAAGAGUCUUGGGUAUCUUUGUUCCUGUCUUUGCGAGUGGAAUAAACUAUGGUGUGUAAAACAGUAGUUGCAAGUGCUGUAGCCAGGUGUAUGUAUUUUGAAAGGCAAUAUGAAUAAAAGUGUAUACAAUUCAAAGGAUCUGAAAUCUGCUUUUUACGGAAUGGGUAGCUUCAUGGUUACACAAUGUUAUUGGGAAAUGAACUCUCCGUAUUUCUAGUAGGGAUUGUGCCUUUGUCAUUUGCUGUUAUUGGUAGAAAAGAGAUUUGAACUGGAUUUCAAUUUACCAGCCUUCACUAAAGGGCUGCUUCUUCUUUUUAAGUUUUGUAAACUAUCAGUAUAAAGAUUCAACCUCGUAAUCUUAGGAGUUUCCUUGCUUCGAGGGACUUCAUGAAAAAGGAAAUAUUACUUCUUUGUUGUUAGAGUGGCUCACAACUGAGCACAAAGAGGUUAGUUUGCUGUAAAGUGUAAUGGUGGUGACGUGUAUGAAGUAGUAUUUCCCUUUUGCAAACAUCUGGAGGGAAAGGAGGGGGGUGGGAAGAGAAGGGAAUGAAGCCUUUGGCUUUUACAAAUCACUAAUCUGAGUUUUCUUACGUCCUCCAGUGCCUCCCCAGAGGCCUAGGCAGAGGGAUCGGUGGCUUCACUGCAGCUGCGAGUACUCACCUGCCGAGGCAGCCGGGCUGCGCGGGUUCCGCCGGGCGGGGGAAGCACCACGGGGAGGCGGGGAGCGGCCGGUGCCAGGGGCCACGCUACCGGCGAGGCAGAUCCAGGGGACUCCGUCAUGCUGAUCCCCCAACCGUACCAGUCCCAGGCGCCUCUCGCUUCGUGCAGUCUGCCUCAAGGCCGCCCGCCCCCUCCUCCUUCUCCCCCGCCACCCGGCCCUGGCCGCCGGCGCGGCGCCUCAGUGGCCGCAGGGAAGGCCGGCAGGGGCGGGAGAGCGCAGCCCAGGUGAAGGCCUACGCGCCUUCCCCAGCAGCCGCUGGCUCCGCUCCGUUUCUCUCCCGCCGGGCAGCAGCGGCCGGGGCGGCGCAGAGCCGCCGCGCAGGCCGGGCACCGCGCUCCCCCCGCCGGCGGCGGCGCCUGCGCGAGUCCGGGGUGCGGCGGGACGGGGGGGGGCCGUGACGCGCUGCGGUGCGGGCAGGUUCCUACCGCCGCCGCUCGCAUGAAGACGGUGGGGGCGCAGCGCGGAGCCGCCGCCCCGCCGCGGCCCGGCGCCCCCGCCUGAGCGCCGCGGGGUGCGGGGUACCCCCCGCUGCCACACCCGGCCCUCGGGACGGCGGCUGAAGGAAGUCAAGAUAGUUUACAUGUGAAGGGUACUUGAAGAAAUCUAGGACACCUGUUAACUUGAGUCAAGCUGGAAUUCUUGUGAAAAGUUGAGCAGUUGCUUGCUGGCUGCUGGGAAAAGAUUCUGCUUUCAGGUUAUUGGAGAUGGUGAUUUGAAGAAUCAGGUUUCCGAUAUGAACAAAUUAAAAACAUCAUCUGAAAAAAGCGUUUCUACCAGUUCUCGGACUAUGUCUCUGCUGUCACAGCUGGAGAAGUUAAAUUUGGACUCUGUAUUAGGAGAAGCAGACAAUGCCAGAUAUGUUACCUCAAAGAUCCUUCAUCUGGUUCAGAGUCAAGAAAAAACCAGGAAGGAGAUGACUUCUAAGGGCUCUACUGGAAUAGAAGUUAUCCUGUCAACCCUAGAGAAUACGAAAGAUCCUCAGACUAUUCUAAAUAUAUUGAAUAUUCUCAUUGAGGUAGUCUCAGUUGGUGGUGGUCGGAGAGCAAGCGUCUUAGUCACUAAAGGAGGGACACAGAUCUUAUUGCAGCUGCUUUUGACUGCCAGCAAAGACUCUCCACCAAAUGAAGAAUUAAUGGUGCUUCUUCAUAGUCUUCUUGCAAAAAUUGGUCCAAAAGACAAAAAGAUUGGCAUGAAAGCAAGAAUUAAUGGUGCCCUAAAUAUAUCAUUGAAUUUAGUGAAGCAGAAUUUGCAGAACCACAAGCUAAUAUUGCCAUGUCUUCAGGUAUUAAGAGUUUACUCAACUAACUCUGUAAAUGCAGUGUCCUUGGGAAAGAAUGGAGUAGUAGAAUUGAUGUUUAAGAUCAUUGGCCCUUUUACUAAAAAGAACACUAGCCUUAUGAAGGUUGCUUUAGACACACUUGCUGCAUUGCUAAAAUCAAAAACAAAUGCCAGGAGAGCAGUGGACAGAGGAUAUGUGCAGGUGCUUUUAACGAUUUAUGUUGAUUGGCACCGUCAUGAUAGUCGACACAGAUACAUGCUGAUACGGAAAGGAGUUUUACAGUGCAUUAAAAGCGUUACAAACAUCAAAUUGGGAAGAAAGGCAUUCAUUGAUGCCAAUGGGAUGAAAAUUCUUUACAACACUUCACAAGAGUGCCUUGCAGUAAGAACUCUUGAUCCCCUUGUCAACACAUCCAGCCUAAUAAUGAGAAAAUGUUUUCCUAAAAAUCGUCUUCCUUUACCAACUAUUAAAAGUGCUUUCCAUUUCCAACUCCCAGUUAUUCCUGCCAGUGGUCCUGUGGCUCAGCUGUACAAUUUGCCUCCCGAUGUGGAUGAUGUAGUAGAUGAAAGUGAUGAUAACGAUGAUAUUGAAACAGAAUCAGAACUUGAAACCGAAAAUGAUGAUGACAAGGACCAACAUUUUAAGAAUGAUGAUAUUGAGACUGAUAUUAAUAAACUGAAACCUAGACAGGAAUUGGGAAGACCCAUAGAAGAACUGAAAAUGUAUGAGCAAUUUUUCCCAGAACUUUCAGAAAACUUUCAGGAAUAUGACUUAGUUUCCAAGGAACCAAAGCCUUUUGUACCUGAUGCAAAUCUGAGUGGACCUAUUGUUGUUCCUACAGCAGGAGAGGAGCACUGUGUUGAAGCAAACCAAACAACAAAAGGAGUUGCUUUGAAGGAGAGUAAUCCUUUAUUGACAGAGGAAUGCAAUAGAAGGCCAGCCUUUCUGGAACUACCAAAGAAAGAUAGUAUCAAAGACAGUAGUUUACAUCAGCAAAAUGAUCAAAGAAGCCUGCUUCCAUCAUGCCAGUGUCUAAGCCAAGAAAUUGUGAAAGGCUUGGACAGAAUCAGUCUGCAGAACAGUGCAAAAAAUGAUCAGUAUUAUGGUACAGGGUGUGUAAUAAAGAAGGAAAGCAAAACUAUCCUUACCACACCUGCUUUUAGUAAACCUUGUGAACAUGUUUCACCCUGUGGAAGUAGCCUCUUUGAAGGAUCAUCUGUCCAGCUGGGAAAACUCUGCUGCACUGGAGUGGAUUCAGAGGAGGAGGAUUCCAGAUCUAGUUCAUCAGGGGAACAAAUCAUGCUUGAGGUCUCUGAUGUAUCACCAGUUCAUGACUGUGACCUUUAUAUUGAAAUGGUAAAAAACACAAAGUCUAUUCCUGAAUACUCAGAAGUGGCCUAUCCAGAUUAUUUUGGCCAUAUUCCACCCCCAUUUAAGGAGCCUAUUCUGGAAAGGCCAUAUGGGGUGCAGAGGACAAAAAUCUCUCAAGAUAUUGAAAGACUGAUUCAUCAAAAUGACAUUAUAGACAGAGUUGUGUAUGACCUUGAUAAUUUGAGUUUUUCAAUACCAGAGGAAGCAGAUGUUUUGAAGUUUAAUUCCAAAUUUGAAUCUGGAAACCUGCGCAAAGUUAUUCAGAUCAGAAAAAAUGAGUAUGAUCUAAUACUGAACUCGGAUAUAAAUAGCAAUCAUUAUCAUCAAUGGUUUUACUUUGAAGUCAGUGGAAUGAAAACUGGCAUUGGUUACCGGUUUAACAUCAUCAACUGUGAAAAGUCAAACAGUCAGUUUAACUACGGUAUGCAGCCCCUCAUGUAUUCUGUUCAAGAAGCAUUAAAUUCGCGACCAUGUUGGACUCGUGUUGGGACAGAUAUUUGUUACUAUAAAAAUCACUUUUCAAGAAGUUCAAUUGCUGCUGGAGGUCAGAAAGGAAAAUCUUAUUACACGAUUACGUUCACAGUGACUUUCCAACAUAAAGAUGAUGUCUGCUACUUUGCUUACCAUUAUCCAUAUACAUACUCAACUUUAAAGAUGCACCUUCAGAAGCUGGAAUCUAUGCACAACCCUCAACAAAUAUAUUUUCGACAACACGUUCUCUGUGAGACCCUGGCUGGCAACAACUGUCCCUUAGUCACUAUUACAGCCAUGCCAGAGUCCAAUUACUAUGAACAUAUCUGUCAGUUCAGGAAUCGUCCUUAUGUUUUCCUAUCUGCUCGAGUACAUCCUGGAGAGACUAAUGCAAGCUGGGUUAUGAAGGGAACACUGGAAUACCUUAUGAGCAAUAAUCCAAGUGCCCAAUGUUUACGAGAAUCUUAUAUUUUCAAAAUUAUUCCUAUGCUCAAUCCAGAUGGUGUCAUCAAUGGAAACCACCGUUGCUCUUUAAGUGGAGAAGAUUUAAACAGACAGUGGCAAAAUCCAAAUCCAGAUCUGCAUCCCACUAUUUACCAUGCUAAAGGGUUACUGCAAUAUCUGGCUGCUAUAAAACGUUUACCUGUGGUUUACUGUGAUUAUCAUGGUCACUCUCGUAAAAAGAAUGUAUUUAUGUAUGGCUGCAGCAUCAAAGAGACAAUGUGGCACACAAAUGUUAAUGCUGCCUCUUGUGACCUGAUGGAAGACCCUGGUUACAGGGCACUCCCCAAGAUCCUGAGUCAGACUGCCCCAGCAUUCUGCAUGGGCAGCUGCAGCUUUGUAGUUGAAAAGUCCAAGGAAUCUACAGCACGAGUUGUUGUCUGGAGAGAGAUAGGAGUACAAAGGAGCUACACAAUGGAAAGCACGUUAUGUGGAUGUGACCAGGGCAAAUACAAGGGAUUGCAGAUAGGGACAAGAGAACUGGAGGAGAUGGGAGCAAAGUUCUGUGUUGGCUUACUGCGUUUGAAAAGAAUGGCCUCACCUUUGGAGUACAAUCUACCUUCUAGUCUGUUGGACAUUGAAAAUGAGCUGAUUGAAUCAAGCUGUAAAGUGACAAGCCCCACUACAUAUGUUUUGGAUGAAGAUGAGCCUCGCUUUCUUGAAGAAGUUGAUUACAGCGCAGAGAGUAAUGAUGAUCAAGACAUUGAAUUAGCUGAUAAUGCGGGUGAUUAUGAGGCAACUAAUCAAGAAGAUGGACUUUCAGACUCAGAUUCAACAAGGAUACUCCUUUCUUGAACGAUCUUUGCAGCCAGUAAUAAGAGAUGAAGUAUCCUGGAUUUUCAUAGUCACGAACUUCCUCACCUUUGUCUACUAAGGGGAUAUGCUUAAGGAAACACAAAUAACUGGGCCCUGCCUAGCUCAAGGACAAUAAAUAUUUGUGGUUUCUGAUAAAUUGGCAUUUGUUUUAUUUAAGGAGUUUUGUGUUUUCUUUUAGCACUAAAUAGAUAAAUCUAUUUACCAGUUAAUUUUCUACUAAAUAGCACCGCAUGGCAUUUUGUGUCCUUAACUCCAUUCAGAAAAAUGGAGUAUAAUUUCUGUUGUGUCAGAGUACAGAAACUAAUUCUUUGUGGUACAGUUCUUCGAGUUGCUUCCCGAAAAAUACGUAUGUACAAAUUUUCUAAAUUAAUUUGUGUAUGUGUGUGUGUAUGCGCAUGUGUAUACUGAGGUGAAGAGGUUAUUUUUCAACAUUAUUUUAAAGAUACUUGAUUGUGUUUUAAAGUAAUGUAGUGCCUGCUCUGGAACUAUUCAAUAAUUACUAAAUUAAAAAUUAAGAAGUGAUGUAUGAAUUGUUGCACUUGUUUCUUGCUUCUGAUGAUUAUAUGGUUUUGCCACAAUACUACCUGAAAAUAUAUAAUGUCUGUUCACAGUUAAGGAAUUUUGCACAGUGACCAAUGCAACCUGUGCUUACAAGAACUAUACACUUGUAUAAAACUCUUUCCCAUAAAGUAGGCAUGGUCUUAUACGAAGAGAUUGGGUUUUUUCAAGUGUACAUGACUACAAGAAGUGGUUAGAUAUAUAUACCAUAUGUAUGUUCAGCUACUCAGUUGCUCAAUUUUUCUCAUUCAAUAUGCACGUAGGAAAAAAGAGUUCACUUUACUGGGGGCACAUCAACUAUAUACCCAAUUCAAAUGUUUUAAAAGGGAAAGUGCAUUUUGUUUUAAACAUCUUUUGCCUGGUCUGAAUACAGUGUUUGCUCUGAGAAGGAGAUUGGACUGUAACUUCCUGAGGUCUCUCCCAGCCUGAAUAAUUAUUCAGUGAUUCUAUAUUCUUCACGUUUAAAGUCGUCAGGCAUAGCAUUUACACUUCUUCAUCUUUUCCUGUCAUCUACGAAUUCUUAUUGCCUCUUGCCUCUGCUUAGAAUAAGACCUAGUAAAGAAAUGAAGUUGUACCUUGUUGUUUACAGACUGACAUGUUUUGCAAUGAAAAAUAUUUUUCCAAAAUUAUUUUUACUUGGUGUGACCCAAUUGUGGCAUUCAUUUUCUGAUGCAUGUGCAAGGGCUUUAAGAGCAUGAAGAAUAACACUUCUAAGUUACAGCAGGUUUUUAACUGAUAAGAACUUCGUGUAUGUUUAGUGUUGCAAAUAAAACUGUAUUUUGGAGGGGAAGAGUGCCUUUGGUAGAAGCAUAAAAAAAAAAAAAAUGAAGAGAAUUAAGUGUAUCAAUGAUUCUCAGUCUGGAGAUGGAUUUUCACCAGAAUCUGCUGUUUCAUAUGCAGCAUUGUUUGGUGAUGACUAUCAUACCAUUCUGAUUCUGAAACUGGGGAAGGGUUUUUGAUCCCUCGUGAUAUGCUACUGUAUUGUGUUAAAAGGCUUAAAUUUAUAUUAAUAACCACACAGUUUUGAGAUGUAAUUGUAUAAUGGAAACAUUUACAUUCUUAUCCCUUUAUAACUCUCUCUAGUGAAAACUGUCAUUCCUUGUGUUCUGUACUGUAAAUAAGAAAGUUAAUUAAUACCCUGCUGAAGAGGAGCCCUCCCCACUGAAACUGUAGAGGAGUUUGGGAAUCUGCCAAACAGAAGGAUUAACCUUGCCACAGAAUUUGAGCUCUCUUUAAGUGAGCCCAGUGAGAGCAGACCAGAACGCUUACAUUGCUGCAUCAGUCUUAUACUAGUUAUCUGCAUAAAUAGAUUUUCAUCCUUAAGGACUUGUACUGCAGUACCUUACAUAAAUAAUUUUGACUUAAAUUUCAGGGAUGCAGGAUGCCACAGGUUGGUUAACCCCAUUGCGCGUUUCUUCUUAGUUUCAUAUGAACCUGUAUUAAUCCUAGAAGACUAUUUUCAUAAUACAGGCAAGACUAGAAAUGGACUUCAUCCAUUUAGAAAGAAUUAUGGCUUAGUCCUACAAAAUCAUCUUUUCAUCCUGAGUAAAUGUGCAUAUAUGUUCUCAUGUCUUCUACAGCUUUUAGUCUGUGCAAAGGAGUUACAAAUUACUUAUAUAAUGGCUCAGGAUAAUGGGCAUUUUCCUAAAACAAUAAUGUGUUUAUGCAUUAGAUUCUAAUGCACUUAUACAUUAGAUGAGAUGUAUGCAUUUGAUUAGAUGAGAUGUCGGUUUGUCAGUUGUGGGUCUGAACUUCUACCAGUGCAGUCCCAGUGCAAGAGUGAAACUUUAUCCUUAUCUUACACGUUGUUGAAAAUGCAAAGGCCUUUACCUCUUACGUGUUUUGUGGCACUUCAUGUAAAUUCUGAAAGGCAGCGUCUCCAUCCGUGCUCACGGGGUUGCCAGUUCCUGGGAAGAACUGUCACAGUGGUAGCUGCUUCACACUGUUUAUCCCUUCUCUACUACAUGUUGCCAUUGUUGCAGUGCUGUUGGAAGACAUGCACUGGUAUCCCCUUUUUAUAUGUUUUGGUGGGAAGUCUGGUGUUUAGCUGAAAAUGGAAUAGCUGAGGCUUGAUUCUGUUACGCUCCAUUCUGUUACUAUGGCAUUCACCCCGAAUAAAUGGGCAGAAUGGAUAGCAAAGAAUGGCAGUUUCUUGAACUGUCACAAAUCAGUUGUCUAGCAUGGCCUGUCCCAGACAAUUGACUGUCUUUAUUUUAUGCAUUGGCAUUCCAAUGUUUCUGGUUUUAAAUGAUGCUCUUUACUAUAAGCAUGGCUGAUUUUGUAUAGGAAAAGAAGAUAUUCUUAUAUCUUUUUCCAGUAAUAACACCAAAUAAGAUUAUAAACAAUAAUUACAUCCAUGUUAUUUAUUGUCUUGGUUUUAAAUAAUUGCUGGGUGAUUAAUUACUUUAUUCCCCUUUCAGGUAUAAUGCAAGUUGCAGCACAGAUUUUGAUAUUGUGUCUUCACUGGUGACAUCCCCUGCUGUAAUGUAACUUACAGCUAAGACUGCAGUUUCUGCUGAAAUCUUGGCUGGUCAUUUUUGGAGGUGGAUUGCUUUAUCAGCCUGACUUAUCAGGGAGAACUGUUGUGAAUCUCAAAUAAGAAUGCAGUAUCCGUAAACACUGUUAACAAAAUACAAAAAUUCAAGGUUUCAGAUAGGUCCUAAUGUAAAGCUGUGAUGGAUAUAAUUGUUGCAGUGUUAUUAUGUAUGCCCCAAAUAACAAUACUUACUAAUAAAAAUACAUAAUAAAGAAUUAA